CCUAUUGGUUGAGUAACCAAUAAUGAUAAUACCCCCAUUAAAAAUAAAAAUAUUAGCAUACUUCUCAUGUCACCUGGAAGUACAUUUCAACGAAAUAUUUUCAUAUGCAGUCAUGUCAGAGGAGUGAAAAUUGUGUAUUCAGGGAAAGUACUGUCACUUCUACAACUCCAUAACGAAUUCAAUUGGAUUGAGUCGUCUAUUUGCAUCAUGUCAAAUCGUGUUCGCGAACGAUCCAAAGUGGCUUGAGCUCAAUGUCCACGCGAAAUUCAAGGUGUCGAGAUGAUAUUACUGGUGAUACUGAGAUCCUCGAUAAUCAGGGCAAGCCAACGAUUCGUGGGUUUUCACUUGUCGGUGCAACAUUGAGUGAUAAACAUUGUUUCAUAGGUCGACAAACAAUGCGGUAAACAAGUGACGCAAUAUGUCAGAUUUUUGGGUGUCUAGAGAUCCACGAGCAGUCUGCCGAGAUCCCAAGUUGAUUGUCAUCAGCUGAGUAGCAUAAUGAUAAGAGACUGCAGUUGUCGGCGCAGUUUUAGAGCACCUGAAGAAUGUCUAACCUAACUGUGGAAAAUAGAAUGCGGAGAAUGACGACAUCAAGAGUCUUGAAGAAUAUGCUUCAUCUGUUUCUAUUUUCUCUCAUCCUAGGAGCCUGUGCUCUGAAUCCCCGUGGGAAUGAAGAUCCAAACACAGGUCUCAUUCCCGAAGGGGAUGACCCCCUGCUCCUGAUUUCGACCCUCAGCGGUUGUUUUGUGGGCGUUGGCCAGAGAACAGGCGAGAUUCGUUGGCGCCAGGACAAUGAACCCGUAGUGAAAGUCCCACACGGCGUAUCCGAGAGGCUGUCCCCAAUGUUCCUCCCCGAUCCCAAAGACGGAUCCCUGUACCUUUAUGGAGCUGAAUUUGAUGUCCUGAAGAAACUUCCCUUCACAAUUCCCCAACUAGUAGCCAACAGUCCCUGUCGUAGCAGCGACGGCAUUCUCUACACAGGUCGUAAAAUCGACACUUGGUUCAGCAUAGACCCAGUUACUGGUAAACGCGAGCAACUCCUGGGGUUCGAAGAGGCCGAUAGUACCUGUCCCUUAGACAUUCAGGACGCCAUUUCCGUUGGGCGUACAGAAUACAAUAUCAUAAUGAUAGACAGCAAGCAGAAGGAGCGAAAAUGGAACAUAACGUUUUACGAUUAUUCAGCAUCGAAAAUCGACGAUGCAAUGGACGAUUAUGACCUCGUCCACUUCACAACGAGUUCCACUGGUCGAGUUGUUACCUUGGAUCGAAGACUAGGGAUGGUUCUGUGGGAGUUGGACCUUAUGAGUCCAGUCAUUGGCAUCUACACAAUGAGUAAAGAUGGCUUAGUAACAGUUCCCUUCACCAGUGUGGCCGAAGGUACCCUCGACAAUCUCCUGCAGAGAUUCAGCUCCAAGCCCAGUGACAUUCAACUGUUCCCAACGUUAUACAUUGGUGAGCACAUCCAUGGACUUUAUGCACUGCCAUCCCUAGUGGACUCUUCGACAGCCACAAUCUCCAGCAACAGCGGACAUCUGCUGCUCGAGGGCCCAGUAGUCGUCCCUCAAAUUGGCAAGAACAAUAAUGGAGUUUCUCAUGAAGAGAGUGCAACAGUUGGCAAUGAACCACCUGGGGAUCAAUCAAUGGAUGAAGUGACUCAAGAGAAUAAUAUCAUUGUUCUUGGGCAUUAUAAAGUGCCUUCAGAGUAUAAACAUCAGAAUCAGCCUUUGCAGAUCACUGGACGGUCUGAUCCAAUUAUUAGAUCUUCAGAAGCGCGGGGUAAUGAGUCGAAUAAGAUUACUAUUGUUGUGCAGAGCCUUGAUGAGCUUGACAAUAGUACGGAUCACAGAGGAUGGAAGAAGACGUUUGGGGGAGCGUAUAAUGGGGCGAAGAAGUGGCUGAAUCAGCAGGAGAAUAAAGGGUUGAAGUUGGCGCUUAUCAUUCUUGUUGGAUGUGUCAUUACCAUGUUUUGGUACUUGAAUGCCCAGUUCAAAGAGUUUCAGCAGUUAUCUCAGGGCUCAAGGGAGAACAGCAGAACCAGCAGCACUGGGGGCAGGAGUGGAGUGACCACUGCGCCUGAGGAGAUUGGGGAGGGGACAGUUAAAGUGGGAAAAAUUAUAUUUCACAUCGAUAAAGUAUUGGGAAAGGGGUGUGAAGGGACUUUUGUCUACAGGGGAGAGUUCGAUGGACGAUCUGUUGCUGUGAAACGACUCCUGCCUGAUUGCUUUACUUUUGCUGACAGGGAGGUGGCUCUGUUGAGGGAAUCUGAUGCUCAUGCUAAUGUUGUGAGGUACUUCUGCACUGAGCAGGAUCGAAUGUUUAGGUAUAUUGCACUGGAACUGGCUGAAGCGACUCUGCAGGAUUAUGUUAUUGGGAAUUAUGAUAGGCAGACUAUUUCUGUUAAGAAUAUUCUGGCUCAAGCGACUUCUGGAUUAGCUCAUUUACAUUCUCUUGAUAUUGUCCACAGAGACAUAAAACCGCACAAUGUACUGCUGUCAACUCCAGGACCGCGAGGUGAGGUCCGCGCCAUGAUCUCGGACUUCGGUCUCUGCAAGAAGUUGCAAUUGGGACGCAUGUCGUUCUCCCGCAGAUCAGGAGUUACCGGCACCGACGGUUGGAUAGCCCCGGAGAUGCUAAACGGUGAACGAACAACCUGCGCCGUCGAUAUUUUCUCCCUCGGCUGUGUCUUCUACUACGUUCUGUCAAACGGAAAGCAUCCAUUCGGCGACACCCUCCGCAGGCAAGCGAACAUCCUCUGCGGAGAAAGUGAUGUGUCCUCCCUCCAGGAUGUCCAUGAUUACGACAAAGAAUUGGCUCUUGUUCUGAUCCGAGCAAUGAUCGACAGUGAUCCUACCAGUCGACCUCCAGCUCUAGCUGUUGAGCGUUUUCCCUUUUUCUGGAACUCAGCUAGAAUACUCAACUUUUUCCAGGAUGUUAGUGACAGAGUGGAGAAGGACGAGCCUGACAGUGUGGCAUUGAUGUCCUUGGAGACUGGAGGGAGCCAGGUUGUCCACUCUGACUGGAGACUUUGCAUUGACCUCGAGGUGGCCAACGACUUGAGGAAGUACAGAAGUUACAGAGGAGAGAGUGUGAGAGAUCUCUUGCGAGCUCUGAGAAAUAAAAAACAUCACUACCGAGAAUUAACAGCAGAGGCUCAAGCAAGCCUCGGAGAAAUUCCCCGAAAAUUUACAGAGUACUGGCUGUCGAGGUUUCCCUGUCUGCUUUCUCACAGUUGGUGUGCAAUGCAACGAUUCAGGAGGGAAGCAACACUCCAGGAUUACUACGUUCCCGACUAUGAAUUCACAACGUAUUUUGCUUACGAGCAGGUACUCGAUGUUUUGAGUAGAGGGAGUAAGGAGGAAGUGCCUUCGGUGAAUGAUUCACCAGCCCCUCGAACCCCCAAUUGGAGGUUCCGAAAUGGGGUCGAUUGGAGUCCCAAUCGUACUCGGUUCAGGACAUACAGGAAGAAAAAUCAGGAGAGAAGAAAAAACGAGGGAACACUUGUGUGGACAUUACCACCCGCCAGUUGAGUUUUUCUUUUCUUCCACUUGUUUUAUGUUAUCAAGGGUUUUCUGUGAAAGUAACUUGUGAUAUUUCUUAUCGCGAAUGGCGUGAUCUAUUUUAUUUUAUGUACAAUAUAAACGUAAAUGUGGACAUCCGUAUUUAUUCAGUAAGCGGUUUUUUUCUUUUUUGUUUGUUCUGUUAAGAUACGGAAAUAUUUACUUUGUUUCGGUUCUAAUGUAAUGGGAUUAUUCUCAAUUUUUGUAUGAAAUAAAUUUCAUUUUAGCAGAGUUGAAUAGGACAACGUUAGAUGUAAGCGAUGCCAGUGGGCACACACAGAUUUAUUGUUACAAAUUGAAAUAUUUGAUUGAAUGUACAUAAUAUCAAUUGUAUAUACUAUAUUUCUGUAUAUUUUACAUAUUGACUGUAUCUCACUAAAUUUUAGCUAAAUAUAUUGUAACUAAAAAUA